AUGCUACUCCGACUCAGAUUGCGGCCCAGGGUAUUGGGGCUUGCAUCUUAUCGCUCGACCCGUUUCAAGUCUGACAUCCCAUUCAUUCGCAUUCAAGAUGGAACCUUCUACAAGAAUUACCCAACCGCCGAAGACUCGUCCAAUCCACCUCUCUUCCCGAACCUGAACUUCACUUUACCCGCUCUUCCAACUAACAGCCCGGCCGAGACAUCUCCUUUGCAACACUGGGCUAUAAUUGGCCCAUCUGAACGAACCGACCUUCUCCAUAUCCUCCGCGGCCAACACAUCUGUAUCCCGCCCACCGCACGUUCAUACCCAUACCUCCUCACAGACGAGAUCGCGGAAAAGGACCCACGGUUACGCCUGGUUGAAAAUGCAAUCCAAUAUGUUGGAUUCAGCGGCGAGGGCUCGGGAGCUAUUGGGGGAAUCCGUGGCGCAUAUCUCAGUGCCCGCUAUGAGAGUCUUCGGGAGGAAACUGACUGGACCCUGGGGCAAUACUUGCGGGGCCAGACCUCUUUGAAUCCGAUGGAAGGCGAGGAGGAUGGCACGCUACACGAUGAAGAUUUCCUCCGGCAUACCGCGGGCAGUCUUGACCUAGAAAAUCUGUUCAACUUGCCAGUCGCGAAUCUAAGCAAUGGUCAAACCCGCCGAGCGCGCAUUGCAAAGGCGAUUUUAAGCAGAGCAGAGCUAUUACUUCUUGACGAGCCAUUCAUGGGAUUGGACCCGGUGGCAGUGAGAAGGAUCUCUGAACUUCUCAAGAAGCUAGCGGAGAAACGCAGCCCGCGGCUUAUCCUGGCUCUGCGCCCCCAGGACAAGGUGCCGGACUGGAUCACGCACAUUAUGGUUCUGGGCAAUUCCCACCAGGUUCUGCUGCAAGGGCCAAGGCGAACUAUCGAAGACACGCUUAAUGUCUGGAACCACGCUGUGAAAAAGACUAAGGCGGACUCUCUAUCCAAAGAUCAAACGAGAAUAUUGAAUAAGUGUAAAGCAGACUUGAAGGCUGGGAUCUUGGACAAAGAACUGCUUGGUGAUUUGGUGGCGCACACGAAUGAUAUAAAGUGCUCAGAAGUCCAGGCGCCAUUGGGCGGAGAGCCAGUCAUCGAUAUGGAAGGAGUUCGUGUCCAGUAUGGGAACAAGACGGUACUCGGUGAUUGGAAGCAAACUAUUUACGGCGAAGUAAAGGAUGGGUUACACUGGCGAGUUCGUCGGGGGCAACGCUGGGCGAUUCUUGGUCCGAAUGGAUCAGGCAAGACAACAUUGCUAUCAAUGAUCACAUCCGACCAUCCGCAGGCGUAUGCGCAGCCUGUUAAGCUCUUCGGACGAUCUAGACUUCCGGAGCCUGGCAAACCGGGAAUUUCAAUCUUUGAACUGCAGUCCCGCAUCGGACACUCAUCACCGGAGAUCCAUGCGUUCUUCCCGCGUCAAUUAUCAAUCCGUGAGGCAAUUGAGACCGCCUUCGCCGAGACCUUCCUGUCGAAGCCGAAGCUGAAUAUCGAACGAGAUCACGACAUAUCUGUACUCCUAAAAUUUUUUAAACCCCUGCUGGAUCCGAAUUACCUCACGAGCGAGAUUCCAACAAUAUCGACUGACCAUCUCCCAACCAUCAAGAGACAGUCUUACCACAAGGCAUACUUCCCAAUGGAUCACGUCGUUGGAUACGCGGAUGACAUUCUCUUCGGUGAGCUCACCCCCGCACAACAACGCAUUGUGCUUUUCCUCCGAGCCAUCGUCACUAGGCCCGACAUUGUUAUCCUCGACGAAGCUUUCUCCGGUAUGUCCGCAGCACAGCGUGACAUGUGCUUGCAAUUCUUGGAAAAUGGCGAGAGACCUAAACGCCGUGCUCUUAAUGUCAAACCUCGUAGUCCAGUUGAGGCAGCUUUCCGGUUCACUGGUCUUACGCCAGACCAAGCCUUGAUCAUGGUCAGCCAUGUGGCCGAGGAGAUUCCUGACAGUGUCCGCUACUACAUGCGACUCCCGUCUCCUGCGGGAACUCAUGAUCCCCUUGAUUUCCGCUUUGGUAUUCUCCAGUCUAAAACUACGCUAAGACGACCUGCGACCUGGGAGGCAGCUUGGUCUCCCGAAGAGCAGUUCGUCAAGCAUGCCCGCAGGACGUGGCGCCGCCAACAACAUACUUUGCCGGUACAGGAUAUGACCGAAUUUGAAUGGUGGUCGAUAUAA